AACUUCAUUUUAAUUUUUUUGAUUUUUUGUAACUGCGUUUAAAAAAUGUUGACAUAUUUUUUACUUCCUCAGAUAUUAAUUUUUAAAGACUAUCUUCCUCGUCCACCUUGUCCACCUCAAGUUCUUUACGUAUACCUAGGUACCAUAAAUACAAAUUUUGCACUAAAAAAUUUAAAAGUAAGCAAAAUUUCAAAAUAAAAAAAUCCAACCACAUUUUAACACUUAAACGAAAGAAUUCUGAAGAUACAAAAUUGAGACGACAUCAAUCAAAGGUACUUUAACCUUCGUAAUUGGACUCUUUUUGAACUACAUUGCUCCAGCGAUGUUAGUGAUCGACCAACUAUCAGCAAUAUCGAACCAAGGAAAAAUUGGACAUUUUUUUGAUCGAAUCAAGAGCGUCGAUGAGAAACUUAAUUCCGAAAAUAUCCAUAUUAACAAUAUAACCAUUAAAAGUCGCAUUUCGAUAAUGGUGAUGAUAGCAGUUGGUGCUGAAUUGACAAUAAUGUUGUCAACUUUCUUUUGCUUAGUUGAUAGCACGAAAUGGUAUUCGUUUUUGUGGAUCAUGUCAUGUAUUCCGACAUUAUUUAGUGUUUUCGAUAAAAUUUGGUUCGCAACGCUUUUGUACUGCUUAAAACAAAGAUUCAAAGCCAUCAAUAAUUGCUUGGAUGACUUGGUGGAAAACCAUUAUAAAAUACAACAAUUAAAUGCAUCUAAAAUAAAAACAGAUCUGGUUGGCAGUCAAAGUCAAGGAAGUAUUUUGGAUAUUCAUUCGGGUAACCCUUUUAGGAGUGUGGAGAAGAAGAAAUUAUUUUCUGGCAAAAACAGGGUUGCCAUAUCAAACUCAGGAAAUUCAUUUCGUUACAACAACAACAACAAGGCUAACAAGAUGGUCAAAAUUGACAAUAUAUUGAACAUAACUAGUGAAUUAAGCAAUACUAGCAAAAUGGAUGACAAAUUGAGCAACUUCUGUCAACUACACGAUGAAAUUUGUGAAUUGGGCAAAUGGCUCAAUGAAUUAUGGAGUUAUCCGGUAUUGGUUCUAAUGGCUUAUGGUUUUCUCAUAUUUACGGCUCAAUUAUAUUUUCUUUAUUGCGGAACACAAGGACAGCAUAUCCCAUCUCUCUUUCGGUCUGCGAAAAAUGCUUGGAUCACUACAAUCUAUCUCUUUUACACAUCUGGAAAAUGCAUUUAUCUAAUAUACCUUAGCUGGAAGACGUCUUUGGAAUCUAAACGAACUGGAAUAUGUCUGCACAAAUGUGGAGUAGCAGCGGAUAAUAAUGCAUUUUAUGAAAUAGUAAAUCAUUUAUCCCUGAAGUUGCUCAAUCAUUCGGUAGAUUUUUCAGCUUGUGGAUUUUUUACAUUGGAUAUGGAAACACUUUAUGGGGUUAGUGGAGGAAUAACUAGCUACCUUAUCAUCUUGAUACAAUUUAAUUUAGCCGCGCAACAAGCUAAAGAAGCUGGUACAAGUGCAAAUUACAAUAACGAGACAUCAACUGUAAUGUUCGAGGAAAUUCGGAAUAUUUCACAGCAAGGCUUGUCAAAAAUUGGAAUGCUUGUUGCUUCUAAAAAUUUAGCAUACAUGACAACAGAUAGUCCAUUUUAAAAUUUAACACAGAAGAGUUUACAGAGUUUUUGCAAUUAAUAGUUUUUGACAUGCAGUAGAGAAAAGUAAUAAUUGACACUGACUAUGUACCUAACCUUGGAGUGAUAUACAUAAAAAAGUUAUAUGAAACCAAGUUCUUUUAGUGCAUUCAACUCUAAAAUUUUUUUGACAUUGUAAAUUGAUGUU